GAAUUGAAAUUUUUGGGUUUGUUUAUAAUUCUUAUCAUUUAAUUGUUGAUUAAAUCACUUUCACUUUAUUUAAAUUGAUAAUUUUGUUUUCCGUAACAAUUUAGUUUCCAAUAGAAAUUACUAUUGUUACUUUUGUGCUCUGUUCGGUGAUUAGAAAAGUAAAUUGUUUCAUUAAUUGUUUCCAUCGUUAAAUUUUGUCUUUUCUGCGUUGGUGGUUAUGUCUGAUUUGGAAAUGGAUGCUAAGGAACCUUUGGCUGGAAGAUCAUCUGAACCUUCACCAUCAAAAGUUCAAUUUGUUUCUUCAUCUUCAGAGGAGAAAAAUGGUGAAGCAAAGGUCGAGUUUGCUGGUUACGAAGUUCACAAGGUUGGAUUGAAUAAAGAUGAGCUGAUGAAAUAUGCUAAUGAUCCAUUUUGGAUUAAGGUUAGAAUGAUUUCUUUCAUUCUUUUCUGGGUUGCCUGGUGGUCAACUCUUAUUGGAUCAACUGUUAUCAUCUUUUUGGCUCCCAAAUGUCCACUUUCAUCUUCAUCAUCUUCAGGUGUAAAUGGAACCAUGAUCACCACCGCAAGUCCAAUAACCACCACCACAUUUCUGGCAAAUUCAAUGAUUUCCAGUAUUUCUUCAUAAGGAGAAGCCUCAAAAAAACCAUAACAGAAAAAGGAUCAAGAGUGUUGGUCGGAUUAAAACUACAUUUGGAUUAUCAAAACGUCAGCCAAAUGUCUCAAUUAUCAACUAUAACUUUCCAAAUAUUAAUCGUAUGAAAACAAAAAGCUGGACCAUUUUUUAAAAAGUAGAUUGAUAGAAAUUAAUUUCAACUAAUUUAACCUUGAUAAUUGUUUGAGAAACAAGAAAAGAGAAAAUUUUCUUUUCGGUGCAAUAUUUUAAUGGUGUAUUGGUAUAAAAUUAUUAUGUUAACUGUUGAAUUAUAUUGUUGAUUAUUAUAUAAAAGCCCUUUCAGGCUUCAAAAAUUGCAUCAACAAUUAAUCUGACAAGAUUAAUGUGAUGCGGUGUUUGGUUUGUGUAAAAGGUUUCAGCAUAAUCACCCUCAAUAAACUAUCAUUGAAUGAUUAA